AUGGUAAUUUUGAUGGGUGUGAGAGACGAAGAGUUAAUACAACGCCUUAUCCCCCUCCAACCCUCAUCUACCCUCGCAGAGUUCGUGACAUGCUGCCGCUCCCACGAAUCUACACGUGCGACUGCAUCAGCCAUUGCAUCUUCCCCUACCCAGGUCAACGCAGUAUCUACAUACAAGAAGAACCAGCGUCUACAGAAGAGGACUUCUCAUCGAUCUCCCGACCAACGUUCUCACCAGUCUCCUAACAGUGACCCUUGUCAAUAUUGCUCUCGCAAACACGAUUCCGGACAAUGCCCAGCCGCGGGUGUAUCAUGCAAUAACUGUGGACACAUGGGUCACUGGCCCCGCACUCAGAAAUGCCCUGCUAAGGAAGCUCAGUGCAAGACCUGCCAGAAACAGGGACAUUUUGAGAAGAUGUGCAGGUCGACCAAGAAAAGUCAGACUGGGUACACAGCUUCACCUCCUAAUAAGUCAAAUCCCAGCUGCCGUUUCGUGGGUGAUAACUUGGGUAGCGAGUCCCCCACACCAGUCACUGUCUCUCUGUCAUUUGGCGAUAUAUCAGCACAACUCCAGCUAAUCCCCGAAACAGGAGCAGACAUCACAGUGAUUGGCACCAUACAUUUGGAUGCACUCCGCAUACCUCGGACAAGGCUCGAACCUCCACCCAUGACAGACGUUGUGACAGCAGAUGUAUCCCCCAUGACACUGGCUGUAGGAUACUUUCAGGCAACCCUUUGUCUUGGCAACAAGUCUUGCUCAGCAACCAUACAUGUUCAUGAGGAUAUCCAGACUCCCCUCCUCUCCCGUGAACAUUGCCGAGCCCUCGCCAUAGUGUCACAGGAAUUCCUUAAGCCCAUCCUCAAGGUAACACAUGUCAACAGAUGCGCUCAGUUUCCUGCCUCUGCCAUGACGUCACCCGUAGCUAUUAAGGACUAUUUUCUUCGGCACUUCAGCGACAUCCUCAUAUCCAAGAAGGAUCUACAAACCCAGCCACUAAAGAAAAUGGCAGGCCCUCCAAUGAGGAUCCACCUGAAACCUGGUGCUACACCAUUUGCUGUGCAUACACCCAGGCCCAUUCCGUUUGCUCUCAGAGAUCAAGUGAAAGAAGAACUUGACUCCUUGGUGCAACAAGGAAUCAUCAGACCAGCAGGCGACGAACCCUCUGAAUGGUGCCAUUCCAUGGUCUUGGUACCCAAGGACAAAGGUGUGCGCAUCACUGUUGAUCACACCCACCUAAAUUCUCAGGUAGCCCGCCCUACACACCCUUCACCUACGCCCCAUGAUGCCGUCCGCAACAUCUCUCCAACUGCAAAGUACUUCACCACAGCGGAUGCCCUGCAUGGCUAUUGGCAAAUGGAGUUGGCAGAAGAGGACCGCCACCUGACUACAUUUAUAACUCCGUAUGGAAGGUUCCAGCACUGUCGCGGCCCGAUGGGAUUUUCAGCAACAGGUGAUGCAUACUGCCUCCGUGGAGAUAUGGCACUACAAGGUGUUCCCAACUGUGUGAAGGUUGUAGAUGACAUCCUCCUUUCCGACGAGGAUCUCCCUUCCCACCUACAACACGUGCACCAAAUGCUGACCAGAUGCCGUCAGUAUGGCAUCACCCUCAACAAGGAGAAAUUUACUGUAGCCGCCCCUAAAGUUAACUUUUUCGGUUAUGUCUUAUCAUCCGAUGGUAUUGCAGCAGACCCUGACAAGGUAUCAGCUAUAUGCGACUUCCGACACCGUCCAAUGUCACAGACGUCAGGUCGUUUAUGGGUCUCGUCAAUCACUUGCCGACUUCACUCCAGACAUCGCAGCAGCAGGCCACAGCCCCUACGAUCCCACUUAUGA